CGACUCUAUGCCAAGGCCACAUUACCGAACUUGCGACGUCUUUUCAUCGAGGCAAGAACAGAUGAUGAAGAGAGAGAAGUAUCUAGAAAGGCAUUCUAUAACGCAGUUCUAUUCAUGAGCUCCGUGGCAGUCUUCAGCUUAAUAGCACAGAGAAUGAAUGCUAUCAAAUGA